AUGAAAAGCCAAGAAGAAGGCGAAAACGAAGAAGACCUCAACAAAAUCAAAGAGACUCACUACAAAAUCGUAGAAGACUCUCCAAAAGGCCGCUUUUCUCGAGUACCCUUUAUUUAGUUCAAUGAAGAAAUAGGCAGUGGUGCGUAUAAAACAGUAUACCGAGCUAUUGACAAUGAUACCGGCUGCGAAGUCGCGUGAAAUGUUGUUAAAACUGGAGGAAUGAGCAAAAUCGAGAAAGAAAAAGUUCGAGACGAAAUUAUGAUGAUUCAAAAAUUAAUGCACCCAAAUAUCAUACAUUUUAUCAAAGCAUGGCACAAUAAAGAAAGAGAAGAAGUCAUAUUUAUCACUGAAAUCAUGACAGGUGGCUCUUUGAAGCAAUAUUUGAAAAAAAUCAGAUCUCCACAUCUUCGGGUCAUUAAACAAUGAUGCAGAGAUAUUUUGAAUGGGCUCCAUUAUUUGCACUCACAGAAACCUUACCCAGUCAUUCACAGAGAUCUAAAAUGCGACAAUAUUUUCGUAAGUUCAAGCACUGGAGAUAUCAGAAUCGGCGACUUAGGUCUAUCCACUUUUAUGAGGACCUCUCACAAUAAGACUGUUCUUGGAACCCCUCAAUACAUGGCUCCUGAGCUAUUCGAAGAAAGAUAUGGCCCGACAGUCGACAUAUACUCAUUCGGCUUGUGCUUACUCGAAAUGUGCACCCACGCAAUUCCAUAUUCCGAAUGCAAGACUCCUGUUGAAGUCUAUAGAAAAGUCACGAACGGAAUUAAGCCACUCGUCCUUGAAAGAAUUGCUGACAAAGAAGUAAAAGAAUUUAUUGAGCUCUGUCUAGCUCCUGUUGACCAAAGACCAUACGCGCAAGAACUAUUAGAUCAUCCAUUUCUAUUUAUUGAUGAAAAUGAUGAAAGAGUCCACCACCCCAUUGCGCUGAAAUCUGAAGAAAACCUUGAGCACAAAACCCCAGAAAUUCUUCCACAUAUAGAUUAUGAAGAAAUAAAAAACGAGUCUCCUCAUUCAAUGCCAAAAAAUAAUGAAAAAGAGGAAAAAAAUAGUUCAGUGAGGGAAAAGCCUGCAACUUUAUCAAAAACCAAAGAGACCUUGAAAGAAAAAGAAAUCCAAAGUCAUGUAGGGAAGGAAAAAGAAAUACCAGAAAAUAUGAGUCGAACAGUCAUCAAUGAAAAUAAAAAAAAUGUGCAUCGUCCUGAUAUCAUACAGUUCGCUAAUGCUCCGCAAGAGCCGCAGGACACAGAAAUAAAAAUCUCAAUCAAUAUCGGAAACAGAGAUGCCGCAACUGGCAAAGUUUCUCCUAUAAAAUUGGAUUUUGUUUUUAACCUUCAUGCAGACACUCCUGAAGGAGUAGCUGAAGAAAUGGCUUCAGCAUUUAAUCUUCGGCCUUCUUUUAUCUCCAAAAUUGCAUCGGUAAUCCGAGAAAAGCUUGAGCACAUUCACGAUGACUCAACAGCUUACACUCCUAUAAGCUCUGGGAUGGGCUCUCGAAACAGCAGCUUUGAAAAUAUCAUACGGGAAUUCUCCUCUCAUGAAAUUCCUAGCCCUUCCUUUUCUAGCGGAAAUACCUCACCUAUUGAAAUCCAGUCAAAAGACUCCCAGCACAGAGAACUCAUGAAAAGUUUUAUGAAUGAAAUGUCAGAGCGCCAAAUGAUUCAAAUCCCACCAUUUAAAAACAACAUUUCCUUAUUAAAACCAGAAAACGACCCUGAUGACGUCAAACUGCUACAAGCUGCACUUAAUAGCUCCCUUGGGACGAGGCAUAAAGCUGAUGGAAUUUAUGGGAAAAAAACUGAAGCCUUAGUUAAAAGGUUCCAGGAAGAAGCGGGAAUGUUAGUGAAUGGGGUCGUAAACAAAGCAGUUUGGGAUCAAUUAAUGAUGAAUUAUGAAAGGAAAAAGAGGUGGGAAAAAGAGCAAGCAAGAGAAAGCAGCGAAAGGAGGAAAGCAAGCUCAAUAUCAUUUAGACAGAAUUCAAUUGGUGAAAAGGAUAAUUCCCAACAGAUCGCAGAGCCAUGCUGAAUGUAA